ACGUAGAAAUGAAUGAUUACUAGAGGUGGAAACCUAGAACAAAUACUAGUUGGUUGUACUCACUAGAAGCAUACCUCAGUCUAGCCUAUAACUUCUACAUAGAUAAUAUCCACCAUACCGCAUCCGAAAAUUCUCAGCGUUUGUGUUCUCAGUUAAACAACAAUCUGCGGCGUUAGUUGCUGCGCCAUAGAUUCUUCGCACUUUUAGCAAGCGGCGGGCACGGGAUGUCGCGAACGAAUUCGUGACAGGUCGCUGCUCGCCGUGAGUAGACCCACCGCAACCACCAGGCCGUAACAAACACUACUAGAUUUCGCGUAUCUACUGGAGUACCCAAGGUUCCCAUCGGACCGACUGCGGAAAACAGGGACGCUGGAGCCGUAGAAUAUCCUCCCCGUUUUUGUAGCAGUUUAAACGGAAAAAAUGACGGUUUCGCUGGUGGCGCAUCAGCCGCAACAGUAUCAGCAGCAGCUCUAUCAGCCCGCCCUCCAAUUCUCGCCACGUGGCACGCACUCUGCUGAAUACGCCGCGUUCGACGGAGGCAUCGACAACGGGAGCUACGGCUCGUUCAACGGAGCCCCCUCGUCGAGCAACCAACUGCAGAAUGUGUACGAAAAGCCGGUUACCAGUCCGCAAUCGACAUCGUGGGGCUUCGACGCUUCACCAUUUGACACUGACACUCCAAUGGGUGGCGAGCCGUCGAUUCAAAGUCAGCAGAUCGAUCAGCAGAUUCAAAAUCAACGCAUCCAAAAUCAACACGUCCAAGAUCACCAGAUUCUGGGUCAACGAAGUCAGGGACAGCAGAUUCAGAGUCAGCAGCUUCCGGCGUACGAGCAACUAUCCACGGGCCGCGGCGUAGGCUCCUUCGGCGGGGUUGGCGACGCCUCGUCCGCUCAUACAGGCGCGUCGUGCGGCGGUGGAGGCGGCUAUGGGAUUCAGCGUUCGAGCACAGUCUACACGGGGUACGGAAACCAAGGUUAUUACGAGCAGCCGCAACCGCAGCAGCAUCAGCAGCAGCAGCAGCAACAGGCGCCGCCGGCGGCGGCGGCGGAGACGCAACAGACGUACGCUAGUCAGCAGCGGUACUCUCAGCAAUGCCCCGGUCAACAGCAGUCAAUGGGGUCUUCUUCGUCGUCCGUCGUCACGUACUCGUCUGGUUACUCCACAUUCGCGAACUCGUCUGGUUACUCCACGUUUGGUAACUCGUCCGCUGGUUACUCGCCCGCUGCCGAACCCAUGUCGUAUUCCCCCCAGCCAAUAUCGGGUGCCGCGCCAUUCAAUACAAGCACAGGUGGCACGUCUUUCGGUACAAGCACAAAUCCUGCGUCUCCGAUCUACAGCGUAUGUGACACGUCGGCGCCGAUCUCUUGGCAAUCCACGUCAUCGGUGAUUCCAUCUGCUUCUACCGCGAUGGCGCAUAGCAACGGAACCAUAGCUCCGGCUACUCCGUCCGAGUUCCAUCCGCAGCAGCCGCCGCAACAACCGCCGCAAUAUUCGCCGCAGCAGCCGCAGCACUGGGUGCCGCCGCAACAGCACCUGGCGCAGCAGAGUUAUGCGCCCCCGCCCCCAAUGCCGCAGCAGCAGCAACAACAGCAGCAGCAGCAACGACAGCAGCAGCAGCAGCAGCAGCAGCAGCAGCAGCAGCAGCAGCAGCAGCAGCAGCAGCAGCAGCAGCAGCAGCAGCAGCAGCAGACGCACCUGCUGUCACUGCCUCAGGUGAAUCCCACUUGGAAGAAUACAGCCUCCCCCAGCAGUACCGCGUGGCAGGCUACCCCUAUCAACCAUAGCAACAGCAGCAGCAACCUGUUGAACAGCACGUGGCAUGACUCGGCGGGCGCAUCGCAGGCAGGCGCGCCAAUCUCCAGCUGCGCACCGAGUUUCGGAUACGGCGGCGGUGGCGGAGUCUCCCCCCCCGCUGGCGGAGAACACUUUCCCCGCGCUGGCGGCGGCGCUUCCCCUCACGUUGGCGGCGGAGUCUCCCCCGCGCCCAUCACGGACAGUCAUUCGUGGAGCGGAAGGAGCCCUCCCCCCGCUUCUUGCGGAAUGAGCCCCCCCGCCGCAACUUGCGGAAUGAGCCCUCCCCCCGCUUCUUGCGGAAUGAGCCCCCCCGCCGCAACUUGCGGAAUGAGCCCUCCCCCCGCUUCCUGCGGAAUGAGCCCUCCCCCUGCUUCCUGUGGAAUGAGCCCUCCCCCCGCUUCUUGCGGAAUGAGCCCUCCCCCUGCAUCUUGCGGGCACGAGUGCGCGCGUACGACAACACCUCCUGCAUUCGCAUCGCAUUCGUCAGCAGCAGCGGCGGCGGCGGCGGCGACGGCGACGGGGGGGGUGACGGGACCUGUGGCUCAAAAGGGAGGAGCCGUGGAAUGUUACUCUACGGACUGGGCUUGUAACGGUGGCUCGGUUACUAGUACUAGCCCCGCUGGUUCGCCAAUCCCGCCUGCUGCUUCUUCUCCUUCGGCUUCUGCUGCUACAGCUGCUACAGCUGCCGUUGGUGCGCCGGCGUCGCCCGCCCCCGCGCCAAUCGCAGCCGUGGGUGCAGCAGGCGCAGGAACAACAGCAGCAGCAGCAGCAGCAACCGCGGCAACGGUGGCAACGGCGGCGCCGGCGGCGGUGGCGCCGGCGAAGGACCCGCCAUGUGCGGCGUGCAAGUCGCUGCGGCGCAAGUGCACGCGCGAGUGCUUGCUGCUGCCAUAUUUUCCGCGCAACCAGCCUGAGAAGUUCCUGGUGGUGCAUAAGGUGUUUGGCGCCAGCAACGUGUCCAAGAUGCUGCAGGACAUUCCCGUGAGCCAAAGGGAGGACGCGGUCGCCAGCCUCGAGUACGAGGCGCAAGCGAGGUUGAGAGACCCGGUGUACGGCUGCGUGGGGGUCAUCUGCCUGCUACAGAAGGAGAUGCUCGCCCUUCAGGAGCAGCUGAGAGACAUCGAGGCGUCUCCCUUCGCAUCGCCCCCCUCCACGAUACAUACGUCACCAUUCCCUGGAAAUAAAUCGGCUGAUGCUGGUGAAACCUCUGCGUCAGCGGCGGUGAAUCUGGCAGGAGCAGCAAUAGGAGGUGGAGAAGGAGGUGAGGGAGGCUGUGGACAAGAGGAAGCAGCAGCAGGAGCAGGAGGUUGAUUGGGAUGAAGACAUGCAGCGGUGAAGCUUCAAACUCGGCAUUUGCAGGAUAGCCACUGCGCAGCUGAUGCCAGGGCAAUAUUUCGCCUCGCUAGAGGCAUAUAUAUUGGAUUGAUAAAAAAGUUGCCCUUUUCCCUAUGGCUUGUCGCUCUUAGUGACAACCGUUUUGUUGUGCGUCGCUUCUUCAUAGCAAAUGGUUGCUAGCUGCCUAGUAUACAAAAAAACGGGUUGGAGGCUAAGGGUGUAAUGCGUUGGCUUGUGUUGUUGAUUUGUCACAUUUUUAAAUAAAUGCCAUAAUGCUUG